AUGAUGAAUUCAUACCCAUAUGGGUACCCACCAGACCCAUAUGCGCUCCCAACAACACCUCCUCGCUCGCCAUACUAUACACACCACCAAUCACUGGAGUCCCCCCAGCAUGGAAUAGCAGCCUACCAACAAAUGAUGUAUCAAUCCCAGCAAGCCCAGUCCCAGCUGCCCGACUAUAUGAUUCACGCAAUGCUGCCUCGCUCCUCCUCGCUCGCUCUAAACCAGCAACAUGUAAAUGCAAUGGCAUUGUUGAAUCAGUCUCAGAUGCAACAGCAGCAGCAGCCAAGAGAUACAAGAAGAGCUACACUCUACAAGACCGAAUUGUGUCGCUCAUGGGAAGAAACGGGCGGCCAUUGCAAGUAUAGCGACAAGUGUCAGUUUGCUCAUGGGAUGGAUGAACUCAGGCCUGUUGACCGUCAUCCGCGAUACAAGACUGAAAUGUGUCGAACCUUUUGGGAAAAGGGAUCCUGUCCAUAUGGCAAGAGGUAUAAUUGCAUAUUCGAUGUAGAUCCUAAACGCUGGAGGUGGAAGGAAAUACAGACACAAACUCUAAUCGUUCAAAUCACAUAA